AUUUGAGACCAUAGAUUAGACACUUAAUUUGAGACUUCUGACAUAAUAUCAGCAUUUCAGCAUUCAGCGUAGUGUUACAUACAAUACAUACUCUUUGGCAUUCAGCACCUGCUGCUGCAGAGUUAAGUUGUUUGUGUUGUUAAUAUUGAGUUUGUUUUCAUUUAUUAUCGUAACUAAAUAAAUAUUAUUGUUUUAGUAUAAUGUUACUUUUCAAGUUUGGGCUAAUCAUUUUAUUUUCAACAUUUAUUACAUCAAUUUGUUUUCAAAUACUUAAAGAAACAAAUUCCUUGGAUACUGGCCUUGCUUUUUUGUACAUUGCCAGUGGGGCAAUAGCUGGCAAAAUCAUUUAUGACAGAUAUCAGCAAAUUCAAAUACUUGGUUCAUUAACACCAAAUCCAAAUGUGACUUCCUUUGCAAACAGGAUUGCUUCCUUUUCAGUCUCAUUUAUCUAUUUGGGCUUUCUGAUUUAUGCAUUUCUAUUUUUAUUUAAGGUUGAUAACACUUUCAUAAUAGCACUUAAUAUUUUUAUAUGUGGAUUUGGCACGUUAUAUAUAUGGAUCCAGUGCAUCAUCACAACAUAUAUUUCAACUCUAUUCUAUGAUAAAUUUUUACUAUUGCUUCGGCAAUGCCUUGCCAAAGUGAGCUUCCUAAUAAUGAUUGUUAUGGCAAUAUUUGGGACCAUGGCAUCGACUUUACCAGCAGGUGGUUCCGGCGUGAUUUACUUCUGUUAUAUAACAACGUCUCUUUGCAGCAAUUUGUCGGCUGCAAUAUUCUGUGUAUUCAUUCUUACUUUUCAAAGAGAAUAUCAGUAUUUUUCCGAGGGAUUGCGAUCGGAAUUACUGCUCGAUGACGGCUGUUCUAUGAACAAUGGGUCAUUGUCGGACAUAGAUAGUCUAUUUGGUACUCAAGAGUUCACUUCUAGCACUGCCGUUAUAAAGGGCAGCGUUAGACGCGGUAAGAGCUCUUGACCAGAGGCCGUGCCCACUGUGGGCACGUUGCCAACAAAUGCGAACCAAGCUCCAAACUCACCUUCGUAUGGUAGCUUCGGUAAAACGAAAGUUAUAGUGAUAGAGAACAAGACUAAUAACAAUGAAUGUCUCCCCGAAGAAAUAGACAUUGUCGAGGACAACGACAGCGGCAUGUCUUCGGUAGAUAGCGACGAAUCUCUCAAAAAUAAUUUAAUUAAUAAAAAUGUUAGUGAAAAUUUAUGUUCAACAAGCAAUAAUGAUUGUGAAGUUAAAACUAAGUGCCUAACUAAUGAAUCUCAGCGUGAUGUUCGAUGGAAUGAAAUUCCUAGUUGUUCGACCGAUUUUAAUGAUUCGAACGUUCUCGAAAACGAGAACGAAAAGACGCUCUCGAACGUCUCUGACGGUGCGGACAGUGAAAACAAUCUUCCUGAAUUUAUUGUGAUAGAUUUGAAAUGUGAUGUUAAUGAUAAUAAGUUGAGUGACGAUGAUAGUAACGUAGGUGCUAAUGAGAGUUACACCGAUCCUGAUCGUUCCGGUAUACCCAAUGUAGAUACCAAUCAAAGUUUAGUUCCUAUAAACAACGAAAUCGCUAACACUGAGAACGAAAAGUUGCUCAGUUUGUCUCUGUCGAUACUGCUUGCCGCGUUGCUGCAGGCGGUGCGAUGUUUCGCACAGUUCUUAGAGGACAUUGUUGUUCCGCAAAGAUAAAUAAAUUAUUGUGUUCUUUAUUUGUCAUUUUUGGUGCAGUAUUAAUUAAUUAAUCAUAAAUAUAUCAUUAUAUUACGACGUCGAUUAUAUUAUUAUAUUCAUUUAUUAUCUUGUUAAAA